AUGCGCCUCUCUCUUGGGCUCCUUGCUGGCGUCGCUCUAGCACAGGGCAUGCAUAGACCAGGUGGCUUCCCUUGGGGUACUGAUCCAAUCAACCGGGACUUCUCCGCCAUUACGGCAGAGGACCCGGUCUACGUUGUCCUGCACAGUCCUUUCUUGGGGGUGUUUCCCCCAUACACAGCCUCCCAUGACACUCGCCACGGUCAAGUCUGGGCCCAGUUCCUCAACGACGACCCGGGAUGGGCAUCUGACUUCUUUCCUGUGUGGCCGGGCCCCGCCUUCAACGAGUUGUCCAUGGUCCCGGUGGGACAAGAUGAGGCCCUUGUGACCAUUAUGCUGAUGUGGCGGGGUCACCACCGGGCCACGCUCACUCCGCGGACCAUGACAGUGGCGUGGUUGACAGACUUUAUCUCGCGUCACAUCAGCAGCCCCGUUGGUGGCAUUUCCCUGCCGCACGGGCUCGCGAUCUGCGAGCUCUUUGAUGUACCGCCUGCGGCUUUCCGUUUUCGCAACGGAGAUGUUGUGUACAUCCAUGACCCUCCGGAGGACCCUUCUGAGCCGCUCGAGUUUGUCGAUCCUUGGCACCUUCAGGAUGGUCUUGCAGCUCACCACGCCCCCUGGGCUACGGGCUUUCAACUUAUGUUCGGCAUUGCUGUGCACCUGCUUCGCCCUAAUCGCCCACCCCUGUUGGCCUCUGUCUCCGCUGGAGAAGCCUGGUGCCCAGAAUCCUUUACGUUCACCGGCACUUUUCGUAACCACUUUCCAGGUAUGUGGACACCCGUCCAGUGGUCCAGUGCCCGGGCUUUACAACUGAUCGAGGUCCACGGUGUCGCGGCUCAGGUUAACGUGGUUGCUGCCUCUCCUGAAGGCCGCCUCUGCCGUACCGUCGAUCGGAUCGCCUCGCGCGAUAGCCUUGCCGAUCAGCUGCACUUCCUCCCUGGAUCCCUGCAAGUGGGGGGAGUCCCCUCCUACGCUCUCAACCAGGCAUGUGAGCUUCGGAAUGGGGAUGUCGUGUUCGGCGACUUUGCCCGGGGGGCCUGCGGCGGCCGCCCACUUCUGUGGGGUCUGGUCCUGGGCCUAGCCCCGGCUCUCUCCUCCUGUCGAAUGGGAACCUUUCUUUCGCUCCUGCUGGGUUCCUUUGGGGCCCAUUCCGGCCUGCUCUCUCGUCUCCUCAUGAUGACCUGGUGCCUCCCUGGCUCGCAAGCUAUGGUUCCGGAAACUUCGGUGUUGAGCCUGACCUCUUCCUCUGCUAUUCCACAAGCUGCUCCACCCAGGGUCUCGGUCACUGUGGCCAACCCUUUUGCGCCAUGGUACCGUGUUGAGGCUGACCCGCGUCACCUCUUUGACGAUGUUAUGGCAGACGCCCACCGCACUUUGACAUCGUGGCAUCGGGGAUUUGCUGCCACUGGCCUGGUUCUAGAAGGGCCAAAUGGGACGCAGCGGCAGCCACGGUUCUGCAUCAUGAGGUGGAGCUUGGCCAUCACCGCUGGGCCCCCUGCCAUGGUUGCUCAGACCAGGGACGGAGACUGGUGGGUUCUUUCUGCUGCCUUCGGUCUCCUGGGGUUCUUUCCCCCUGCCAUUGAUUUCAAUGACGGGGAGCCUUAUGUACCGCUAGGUGGUUGGCAGCCCGAUAACCCCGAUGGCCCCCUAGCACGCUGCUUCCCUGGUCCACGACCACUCACGGCUCGUGUUUUGUGCCCCCUGCGGGGAUGGAGCGAGACCAGCUUCCUCGACACGACCAGAUCAUGGAGGUCUAUCGAACAGGAAGGUACUCGCCACUGCGGGCUUUGGGCCCAUCGCUUUUUCCCUGUCCGGGCGGUGCUCCCAAUUUCCCAGAUCACAGUCGCCCCGGUUGCUCCAUACGGUCUCGCCACCGUGGACCUGCACAUUGAGGGCUGUUCGGCCGUCGCCUUUGCCUCGGUUGACUCGUUUCUUGAUGACAUUCACCGGCUUGCUGUUCGCGUCUUUCCUCACACCCGGUUUUGGAGAGUCAUAGCGCCACCUGUGCUGCGCACUACUAUCCCGAAUGUGCAUAUCAGGCUCCGCAACGGAGAUGCUUUUAGCCUCCUUCCCGAGCCUUCCGACCCGGGUGCUACCCGUUAUCCCUUGCUGCAGUAUGCCUCCCUGGAACGGGCGCGGCAAGUUGCCAGCUGGUCGCUUCCCUUUCGAUUUGACUCGGGCGGCUACGUCUGCCUGUGGUAUACUGGCCGUCGAUCUGGUCAUAGCAUCCGGAUCAGGGAUACCGGCUAUUGGGAUUUGAGGGCCCAUGUCCUCCUCUUAGUGCCCCCCGAUCUGGAGCCUCAAGGGUUGUUGCUCGCUGGUUGCAAUGCCUUCCGUGCACCGCCUGGGUGGCGCCUCCUCCCCGCUCUGCAGUACGUUCGGGCAGACAGCCCCCUCCGAGAUGGGGAUGUUCUUGUGCUGGACCCGACUGCUGAUACGGUUUGGGACACUACCGGACGUUGGGGGCCCUCGCCUUCUGUUGCUGCGGCCAUUUAUGGCCGCUGGGCCUGGCUCGCUGUUCUUGCCGUCAGAUGGCCCCGGCUUCUCGCCCUUGCUUGCUUGGUUGGUGCCGGACAGGGCAUGGUUCCCGCUCCAGAUUUGCCGGAGCAGCCCAUACGUGUGGGUUUCUUCCCGUGGCGGGCCCCAGCCGCUGAGGCCGAUCUGGUUGAUCUCACCAACCGCACAGAGAUUGAUAUUGUCCUCCUUAGUCCCUUCACAGGUCCCCAGGAGGCUGGGCGACUGCCCACUGCCUCGACUACUAGAGAGCUCAAUGCUCUGACAUGCUCCUGCGACCCAAAUUGGGGUGCUGAAGUUGCACCUGUGUGGCCGACAGCUGCCAUACCGGCCCUACUGGUUGUUCCCCGCCCCCCGACACCUGACCUUGUCUGCUUAGCGGUCUCCUCCUUAGAUCGGCACUUCUCCAUCCUAGUGCCUUGCACUACUUCUGUGUCCUGGCUGAGCGCGGCUCUCCGCUUCUUACAGCCCAUGCAAACUCUCUCUGUUCGAGCACCCAGUUCUCUCACAGCCGAUGCCACAUCUGACCAAGAAGUGCGCUGGCGCUCUGGAGACCUGGUUGUCGCACUCCCUCCUGCAGCUUUUGUGCCCGAAUACCAACCCCCGUGCUUUCACUCCGACGCUCAAGUGCGGCAUUGUGCCAUCUGGGCUGUUGACUUUUCGGUCUCCACACGCGUCAGCUUCAUACUCUGGCGGCCCGCUGUUCGAGCCAUCCGGGGACACGCGCCGGCAGGCAGCCGCUGGCGCGCUCUUGACUAUACUUUUGACGGUGACUUUAGCCUCCAUUAUCCUGGGCGUUGGGUUCCGGUUCCCUGGAUCGCCCAGGAUCAUGCCCACUUGGUUUUGCUGCCGGAGGAUCCCUCGAGGGUCAAUGUCAUUGUGGAAGCAGACGGCCAUUGCUGGUGUGCCCUUGUCACAGCCGUUACCGAUGCCUGGCAACUCUGGACUGAGCUCCCAUCUAUCUCCUCUCAGCCACGUGUCCUUGGUGUUCCACACCAGGAACUGCGCCAAGGGACGACCCUUCGCAGCGGCGAUGUUGUUUCCGGCUGUCCAGGGCUCCUCCCUCUGUGUUGGCUCACCUGCUCUCUGGGGCUUGCGGCUUGGUGGGCACUCGGCUUUGCCUCCUCGGCCCCGGGCUACCUUCUCCUGCUUGCUUGGCUGAUCGCUCUCCCUCCGGUGUCGGGUGCGCGUCUUCCCCAUGAGGGCGGCAGCCGACAGUGGUCUCUGGCAGCGUCAAGCUGUGAUCAGCUGCCGAACCGCCUGGCUUUCGCCACCGCCUCUGGGACCCUGCUAGGGGCCUCCUUGGACCUUUCCGGGGCCAUCUUUGUUUGCCCCACCUGCUCUACAGGAGGCCGCACCAGCUUGGUCCGAUUUCACCAGGCUUCGUCCACCUCAGGACCACCGGUUCAUUGA